AUGUCAGCGGACACAGUCGCAACAGCAUUAUUCAACGAGUGGAUAUCCCACUACGGAACUCCAAUCACCAUAACGUCGAAUCAAGGCACACAAUUCGAAUCAGCUCUUUUCCAAUCUCUCGUCCAUCUAAUAGGUGCCAAGAAAACAAGAACGACUCCUUUUCAUCCUCAAUCAAACGGCAUCGUCGAGCGCCUGCAUAGAACCUUAAAGGCCGCUUUAAUGUGCUCUCCAAAACCUUGGCUCGAUAUCUUACCCGUGGUACUACUCGGACUUCGAACUUCAUUCCAGGAGGAUAUCCAAGCCACUCCGGCAGAAAUGUUAUACGGAACAUGCUUAAGAGUGCCCGGAGAAUAUUUUACUUCGACCGAUCAACCUCUCGACUCACAGAUCUUCGUGGAAAAACAUCGAGAAUACAUGCGGGGCAUACGACCAACGCCCACCGCACACCACUCCAAGGCAAAAGUAUUCAUACUCAGGACCUAA